CCUUCUUCAUGCAUUUAUUUAUUAGGUGCCACCAAGCAAGGAGCAGCAACUCACUUUUUGUCCCUGGAUAUAAAUAAGUGACGAGGCUCAGUUCUUCCGAAUGCUGAUCUGGAGUCCUAACAUCCUCAGUCUGAGUAUUAACCCUUCACUGGCUUUCUUGCUGCCCUCUAGUUAAAUUGAAUUAGAAAACUGACAUCUUGUUCUUCUCAUAAACGGAUGGUUGCAACGGAAACAGGAGUCAUCUGAGCUGCCUCCGGUCGGAUCAAGCCUGAUUUUGUUGCUGCUGCUGUGGUGAUUCACCCCUCUCCCAUUUUAUUCUCACAACAAGUUAGAUUAUGCUGGGGCAAACAUUGAGUAAAAAGGGGGUUGCUCAGCGGGCUUCUGCUCAGUUGUGAUUGUAACCUGUACCUCCCAGUCUUAGAUCCCGUGCAGAGUUACUCCAGCAUAAACAAAGGUUGCCAGCUCUGGGCAUGGACCCUGAGGAUGCAGAGCAGCUGGCCGCAGAGAUGCAGGGGGAGAGUGUCAACGGCUGGGGCCUUUUCCAGAUGGCUGCAGGGACUGGUUUGGCUGCCUAUGUCGUGUGGGCGGGGAUUCUCAUGCCUGGAUUCCGCAGAGUGCCUUUAAAAUUACAGGUUCCAUACAUCCCAGCAAAUGCCAAGCAGGUGGAGAAUGUGAUGUUGCUGCUGGAAGGCCGCACUGGAAAGAUGGUGGAUUUAGGGUCAGGCGACGGCAGAAUUGUCUUGGAGGCCUACAGACGAGGCUUCAAACCUGCCAUCGGCUACGAACUCAAUCCGUGGCUCCUGAGGCUGUCCAGUUAUCGAGCCUGGAAGGCGGGGUGCUACGGCAAGGUUUCUUACCUCCGGGAGGAUCUGUGGAAGGUGAAUCUGUCAGACUGCACUAAUGUAACUGUGUUCUUGGCACCUAGUGUGCUGCAGCUUCUAGAAAGAAAGCUGCUCACAGAACUUCCAGAUGAGGCCCGAGUGGUAGCCGGGCGCUUCCCACUCCCCAACUGGAUGCCCACACACAUGACUGGGCAUGGACUGAACCGAGCCUGGGCCUAUGACAUCAAGGCUGUACGGCAAGCCCAGCAGGACAGUCCAGAAGGAAGCUCGGUAUGAGAACUGAAGACCAAAGCAGAUGGACGCUACUUUGCCUAUGACUUUGUCAGCCCAAAACACCACGAAGUGCCAAUUGCAAAGGGAGCAGAGAAAUAUCAUGAUUUGGCAGGCAAAAAUCACAUGAUCUGAGUUUCUCCCGAUCUGAAUCCUGACCAGCGGACAAAACCGAUUCUUGAGAUUCCUUUGAGCCUUUGCCAAACAAUAUGGCAGGCUUACUUAGUUUUAAUGCACGUCUUUUGUUUAAAUUUAUUUGGAUUGAGCUUUCCCAGAACAGGUGGUGCCAUGGGAAGCUUUGUUUGUCACUGAAAUGGUACCUCUCUGUGUGGCCUCUCCCAUUUCAGACUGUGGCGGGGGGGAGGUGUCACUUAAUCCUUUGUACAAAAAGAUCAUCCUUGCAUACAGAAAAUCAGCAUGGAUAUGGCUAGAA